AUGUGUUACUAUGGCAGUUACUAUGGAGGCCUGGGCUAUGGCUAUGGUGGCCUAGGCUAUGGCUACGGCUGUGGCUAUGGUUGCGGCUGUGGCUAUGGUGGCUAUGGUGGCUAUGGUUAUGGCUGCUGCCAACCACUGUGUUGUAGAAGGUACUGGUCCUGUGGUUUCUACUGA